UUCAGCGCCUACAGUAGAGUAGGGGAGAAAAUAAGCUACAGGGGAGGCUGAUCUGAGACCAGCGCUGUGUGCACAUACAACCACGACACUUCCGUGUACCAACCGACCUGCUGUGGUCUGACAACAUUCAGAUACAAACCAGAAAUGUCAGAAUGGGCUGCUGAGCUGCGCUGCUAGCGGCUGAAGUAAUGGAGCACUGGUUGGUUUUACAGCUGGAAGAAGACGGAGAACGGAUUGGAAGUGUGUGGUUAGAGCCGCAGUUUGAUAUUUAAUGGAAAACGACGUCUCUUAUAGACUUCUUUAGUUAGCUUGCUAAGCUAGUUAGCUCGCUAGGCUAAGCGGCCAAGAGAUGGCCAAGCUAGCAGUCAGCUGACUGACUGACUGACUGACGAGCUUGCUAACCAGUUAGCUUAGCUUAGCUGGCUAACGCUAAUUAGCUAGCCAGCAAAGUUUCAGGGGUAAGAAACUAGCUGCAGUUUGUGUACAAGCUAAACAUUAUUAUUUGUAUAGUAUUAUAAGGCUUGACUAUUUCAAAUUGGACGUUCUUUAAGUUCAGGGCGUUAAAAAGCUAAGAAGAGAGCAGUGAGCUGGCUGGAGAAAAAAGAAAAAAAUUAAUACAUAGCAUGUUAGCUAGCAAAACUAACUCUAAAACGAACUUUUCUGUAGAAUGGCAGUGAGAAAUUUCACGGUCCUGCCAGACUUUGCUGUCAUUUGUUUGUUCCCAAGCCGUCAUUCAUUUAACGUUAGCUAAAGUUAGCUUAGUUAAGUGAAGGUUCUCACACCUCUGCUUAAAACUGCCACCCCACUCCUAAGCAGCAGCAUUAAUAGCUAUCUGUUAUCUAUCAGGUGUCAGGAAGUCUGUUGUUGACCCCUUUAUUAACUUCUCACAUCUCACACUUUUAUUGCUUGGUUUAGCUAGUUUAGCUCCCUCUAAAGAAAGAGCAAUCAUUAAGUGGUCAAAGGCCAGUAAGGAGCAGUUAGAAGCCAUGUGGCUCCAGCAGAGGUUAAAAGGACUCCCCAGCUUGCUCUCAAGCAGCUGGGCCAGGCGCAUGCUUGUUGGGCUGCUCCUCUUUCUCAUUUUCUACUGGUAUCUGAGCUCAGAUGGGAUCUUGAAGCUCCUAAGCUUCUCUGGUGAAACUGGAGGAGCUGCUGGACUCUGCCUCCAGACUGAUGUCAGCAGAUGGACAGCACUUGUUGAGCGGGGAGAGGGCAUCAUUAACACCCCCCAGACGAAAGAGGCUGUUCCAUUUGUGACAGGUAACGGACACUUCCUGGUCGAUGUGGAUUCAAACAAACUCUGGGUGACCUCAUCCCUGCAGCCAGGUUCAGCCCCAGUUCACCAGUCAGAGUAUUCUCCUAUAGUAAGAUGGCAGGUGGCUGGGAAGCGAGCCGAGGCCCAGGCCAAGAUGCUGUGGUACCGGAAAGGCUCUGUGCUGUCUUCCCGGUGCAUCCUCCUGGGCAGCUCCCAGUCUUCCCGGGACUGUGUCAUCAUCCGGGAGGAAUACAUAGCCCAUCGUAGCAGACCUAAUGUCUACCUUCAGAGGGUUCAUAUAAGGAACCCAACAGACAAAUCAGCAUCAGUGGAGGUGUCCAUGGACUCGCCUAGUUUCCGCAGCAUUGCCGAGAAGGUGGAGGACAAAGAGUUCAUGCUGUCCUCUGGAAAAGUUCUCACAGAAAGGAAGGACAUAGUCUUGGUGGCUGUUGCCUCAAAAAGACUUAGCACGAGGUUCCAGAUCCCUGCAAAGUCUGAGCACACUGAAAGCAUAGUGAGUGUCAUUCACACUUCAGAGCCCAUCGAGCCGUCCAAGGUGGACGAGACCUUCGGAAAGCUUCGAGAAGCUGUCAGGAGAGAGAUGGCGGAGGUGCUGCGAGCCAAUGUGGAUGAUCUUGUGGAGGAACAUCAGCAGGCUUGGAUGGAUCUUUUCAUAUCUGGUGUGGAGAUCAGAAAAAUCACGGAUGCCCACACUCCCUCAAGCCGCACAGUAAACACUACCCUGUACUACAUCCUCUCAGCCUCUAUGGCGCCCCUGCUGGACAGUGGUAUCACUGCAGAGGAGCACGACAGGCUAGAGUCCAGCCUGAACUAUGCGGACCACUGCUUCAGCGGCCACGCCACCAUGCACGCCGAGAACCUUUGGCCAGGACGGGUGAGCAGCGUGGCUCAGAUCCUGCAGCUGGUCAACCUCUGGACCCUGACCCUCCAGAAGAGAGGCUGCAAGGUGCUGGUGGCGGCUGGCACACACGGACUGAUGCAGGGCAUGGUGUUGAGUUUUGGUGGCCUGCAGUUCACAGAAAAUCACCUGCAGUUCCAGGCAGACCCAGAGGUCCUGCACAAUAGCUAUUCUCUGCGUGGCAUCCACUACAACAAAGACCUGAUCAACCUGGCUGUUCUGCUGGAUGCAGAGGGCAAGCCGUUUCUGCACGUGUCCGUCAAACCCCAGGAGAAACCGGUGAAGUUGUACGCCUGUGAGGCUGGGUGCAUGAACGAGCCCGUGGAGUUGACCUCCGAGUUGCGUGGCCACACUUUCCCAGUAAUGGUGACUCAGCCCAUCACGCCUUUGUUGUACAUUUCUACGGAUCUGACGCACCUGCAGGAUCUGCGGCACACGCUGCACGUGAAGGCCAUCCUGGCCCAUGAGGACCACAUGGCCAAGCAAUACCCAGGGCUGCCCUUCCUCUUCUGGUUCAGUGUGGCUUCACUCAUCACCCUCUUCCAUCUCUUCCUCUUCAAGCUCAUCUACAACGAGUACUGUGGGCCAGGGGCCAAGCCGCUCUUCAGGAGUAAGCUUAAUGAUGAAGUCUGUCUCCAUCAGGUACUGAAGACAAACGAUGAAACGGAACUGUAAGAUCAUCCCAUUCAGCAAGUUCGAAGGACAACGAUGGAAAAAUGUGGAAACAAGUAUGUUCACUUGGCGUCAUCUUUUCAAAAUCCUCAGGCAUCUCUUUGAAUAGGGAGAUUCCGAAACUAUACUGGAAUACUGAUGGUCACAUUACCUUUUGAUCUACAUAUUUCAAACCACUGUUAAAAUCUGAUUAAAACCUUAUGAUUAACAUCUAGCAUUUUGCUCAAUAAUUGCACAAACAUGAUUUUCCAGCUUAAACAUUUCUACUGUCAGAUCUUCACAUACCUGAUCACAACAUAACAUUUGGCUGUGCUUUUUAAAAUGCAAGAGUUUAUUUGACUGUAAGACUGCAAAUUAUUGCACCUGUUGAGCGUUACACAAAUUUUUGUCAUUAAUUUAUUUUCUUAAAGUAAGGGGAAAAAAUGAGAGACCAUUUAAAAACUUUGAUUUUACCAAUGUGAAAACCUCUGAAAUAUAAUCAAGAGGAAGAUGGAUGAUCACAAGCCAUGCUUUUUGUUUUGAUUGUGUCACUAAAAUUUUCUUUUCUCUGGUCUGGAGGUGUAUGUACCACCUAGGCAUUCCACUAGGUGGUAGUGUCUCCAGUAAAUUCUGAAAGAGACUUGGGUUCAGCACCACAGAUUUUCUCAUUUGCCUCAUUUGCCUGACCUUAUCAUGAAACAAAAAAUGUAAAAAAUUAAUUUGAAACAAAUCCAGGCAAUAUUGACUCAUAUUCAGUUUAUUAGAAUACAUAUAAACUUUUUGGUUAUUACAUUUUAGGUGCUUUUGGUUUGUUUUAUCUAAAUUCAUGUUCUAAUGAAAUGAAGAAUAACUAAUGGUUAACACAUACAGCUCUGAAAAAAAAAAUGAAAGACCAUUUAAAAACUGUGAUUUUACCAAAGUGAAAACCUCUGAAAUAUAAUCAAGAGGAAGAUGGAUGACCACAAGCCAUGCUUAUUUUUUUUUGCACCAGGAGUGGCAUAAAGUUAUCCAAAAUCAGUGUGUAAGACUGGUGGAGGAGAACAUGCCAAGAUGCAUGAAAACUAUGAUCAAAAACCAGGGUUAUUCCAUCAAAUAUAGGUUUCUGAACACCUAAAACUUUAUUAAUAUGAACUUGUUUUCUCUGCAUUAUUUGAGGUCUGAAAGAUCUGCAUCUUUUUUGUUAUUUCAGCCAUUUCCCAUUUUUUGCAAAUACAUGCUAUAAAUGAUACAAUUUUUAUUUGGAAUUUGGGAGAAAUGUUGUCCGUAGUUUAUAGAAUAAAACAACAAUGUUUAUUUUACUCAAACAUAUACCUAUAAAUAGCAAAACUGGAGAAACUGAUUCAGAAACUAAAGUGGUAAUUUUUUCCAAAGCUGUAUGUAAAAAAACAUAUGCAAAAAGCGGUGCUAUAUAUUAAUGCUCCUGGUGACAGACUGCUGACUGCAGACAUAAGAGAUUCUAAGAUACACAGUUCAUUUAGAAUAUUAUGAGUUAGAAUAAUGCUUUUGUUUUUCCUCAUGUGUUAAUGUCCUUUUUUCACUAUGUUCUUGAAUUGUCAGGACCCCACUGACAGGAAUAUUUUUGGGUGCUGGGUCAUUUAUUCACUGCAGUGACACUAGUGUGUAUUGUGCUGCUAAGAUACAGCAGUGCUGCUGGAGUUUUUAAACACGGUGUCCACUCACUGUCCGCUCUAUCAGACACUCCUACCUAUAACUGCCUAUAACCUUGUAAAUGUCAGAGUCAGAGACAGAAGCUCAUCUGUUGCUGCAGUUUGUGUAGAAAGAAGAAGGUGCUCAAACAAUAUUCUGUCUGGACUGUGAAAUGUAUCACAUCUAAUGAAGGCUUCUAUUUACAGUAUGUAAACAAUCCUAAGUUUUAUAUCGUUUAUUUCCUAUUUAAAAUUGAAACUUCAGUUAAGUUAUUUGAAAUUAAAUGACUAAUUUAACAUCCUAACACUCUACAUUUGAUCUUAUUGUAAUGUAAUUAGCUAUAAUGUUACAUCGCAUCUUUAUAUAUUUAAAAGAUUCUGCAAAGCUACACAAUCAUUGCACAGGAACCAUGAAGCCAAGAGAGUAGUUUAUGGUUAUUUGUGUGUGAAAGAUUUAAGUCAUUGCUGUAAUGUUACUGUAAAUGCAGUAUGUUAAACUGUAUGCUACACAGUUAGUUUGCCAAGGGUAAUCAACACUUAAAAAGAGUGUUAAAUUACCAGUGUCAGUGUCAAAAUGUAGCACUCUCAGGGCUCUAUUUUACCCCUACGCAAGGCAUGUUGCGAUGCUUUUUGCUGUCUUACCCCCUGUCAGCAGUCUGUUUUCAGGCCUUGAGCCCUUUAAAAAGUGGCAGAGUUUAGGAAUAUAUUAAUGCUGAUGGGCGUGGUAAUCUGGAGGUGUGUUCAGGUAAAUAUCUGGUGUGUUUCUAUCUUUGAAGCGAGAAAUACAGGUGCGCCACUGUCUUGGUUUAAACCCUGUCGACAGUCAGCUGCCCAAUCUUCGCCAUGCAGGAGCACUGUGUGCAUUGUGCACGCUUAACAGGGUACACCCUGCUCGUUACACAAGCAAUUCCAGCAUUUACAUCAACAUUAAACAUAAUAAAGAAUAAAAUUACAUUGCUGUUCCCUUACUUUUGCACUAUAGAUCGCUAAAAUAGGGCCCUCUGUGUUAAUUUUACACUAACUCUGUUGAUUUUACCCUGGGAAAACUUACCCUGUAGACAUGUGUGUGUGGGUGUGAGGGGGAUAUGCAACAAUGGUAGAUCUGUAUUUUUCUUGCCUUUUGAUAUUUGCUUUCAUUUGAAUAAGAAUGUGUGAUUGAUUUCUAAAUAUUACGAUUGUUUUUUAAACAUAGAUUUUACAUUUGUAAUUUAUGGGGGAAUGUUAGUUCUUUUGUAAGAAGUUCUGUAAAUAAAGCUUAAUAAAUACAAUUAAAUCGUAAUACAAAUU